AGUGGCUUUUUACCCACCCUGAAUAUGACACUCAGGUGGCCAGAGGGCUGCUAUCUAGGAUGUUUCUGUUUGUCACAAGGCGCAGCGAACCUGCAGGCCGGCCACACUCUUGGCAUUCAACAAAAAUUGAGGACAACCAACCCAAUGCCAGCAUGAUGCAAAUAUCUCAGGGCACGAUUGGCACUCCUUGGCCCCAAAGCUACCAUUCCAGCUCCUCGACCAGUGACCUCUCCAACUAUGACCACGCUUAUCUGAGGCGGAGCCCUGACCAGUGCAGCUCCCAGGGGAGCAUGGAGAGCCUGGAGCCCAGUGGGGGAUACCCCGCCUGCCACCUUCUUUCCCCUGCCAAGUCCACCAGCAGCAUCGACCAGCUCGGCCACCUCCAUAACAAGAGAGACUCGGCUUACAGCUCCUUCUCCACCAGCUCCAGCAUCCUAGAGUACCCGCCCCCUGGCGUCCCGGGCCGGGAGCGGUCGGGCUCCAUGGACACUUCUGCUCAAGGUGGCCUCCUGGACGGGAUGAGGCAGGCAGACAUUCGCUAUGUCAAGACAGUCUAUGACCCCCAGAGGGGCAUCUCCGCCGAGUUCGAGGUGAACUCAUCAGCCCUGCUUCUCCCAGGGAGGGAGGCCCAAGCCUCAGCAGACAGUCAGGGCUAUGACAAAGGGCAUCACGUUCCUCGGGGCCGGAGAGGGCCGCCCCCCUCCUGGAGCCAGCAGGGUCCCAGUUCCUUGGAGACCGCCAUUGACAACCUGCCUCCGAAAGUGGGCGCACCGCUGCCCCCCGCCCGGAGUGACAGUUACGCAGCCUUCCGGCACAGAGAGCGGCCCAGCUCUUGGUCUAGCCUUGACCAGAAACGGUUCUGCCGGCCUCAGGCAAACUCUGCGGGCGCCCUGAAAUCUCCCUUCGUGGAGGAACAGCUGCAUACUGUGCUGGAGAAGAGUCCAGAGAGCAGCCCCCCGGUGAAGCCCAAGCAUCAGUAUCCCCAGAAGGCCCAGCCUGGCCAACCUCUGCUGCCGACUGGCAUCUACCCGGUACCAUCCCUGGAGCCGCACUUUGCCCAGGUGCCUCAGCCCUCCGCGAGUAGUAACGGCACGCUCUACCCUGCCCUGGCCAAGGAGAGUGGCUAUACGACUCCUCCAGGAGCCGGUGACAAGACGGCUACCCUGGAUGAGAAUGGAAACCAGAAUGGAUCUAGCAGACCUGCGUUUGCCUUCUGUCAACCCCGAGAGCAUGAAUCUCUGUCCCUAGCAGAGAGAACACCUGAAACUCCGGUCAAAUGUGCCCCCCUCAAAGUGCAUUUCCCUUCGGUGCCUAAAAAUGUGAAGGACACCUCCCCAAAGAAGCGCCUCGCACCUCUCCAGGGCAGCAGCCCACAUCCCAGCGAGAGGAAGAGCCCCCACAGCAGCAAACCGGCUCCCACCUGCCACCACACCCAGCCCCCUCAGGCGCAGGCCUGGCAGGUGGGCGACAGCAAGAGACCCUCCAGGCCCACCGAGCUUUGGGAGGGUGGUUCCCAAGAAGACCACAAUGCCAACCUCCAGCAGGGGCUGGAGCGAGAAGGCCCAAGCCAGAGCCCGUCUAGCAACUUUGGCAAGACCAAGUCGGCCUUCUCCUCUCUUCAGAACAUUCCCGAGAGUCUAAGAAGGCAGAGCAGCCAGGAGGUGGGAGGCAGCCCCAAGGCAGAGGGCCCUGGAUGGAAAGUGGUUCCCGAUCACAGGAGCCAUCCGGACAGGCCGGUUCCCUGCCCACGGCCUGAGGGCAAAGCCAGCGCAGUGACCUCUGUCCCCCUUUCGGACGCAAGGCUGGAGGAGCCGCCCUCCCCGCCACACCCGCAGACGUCCAGCCUGGGCCGGAGGCGGCUCAGCUCCAGCAGCACCUCGGCCCUGCCCGGCUUCCAGUACGGGCAGCCCCACUGCUCGGUGCUGGAAAAGGUCUCCAAGAUCGAGCAGCGCGAGCAAGGGCGCCCGCGGCCCCCGAGUGUGGGCAGCUCCGUGAAUGGCUGCACCUACCGGCCCAGCAGGAUGGCCCCGACUUCCAGGAACGACUUCCAGGAGACAAACGCCAAUAUCCGCCUUUCUGAGCCCACGGAACCCUUAGGCAACGGGGAGCACCCCUUCAAAAACGGGGAGCCGAAGCUGGAGGAAGUUUCCUGGCAGCCAUGUGGUCAGCAGGUGAAGAGGGGCGCCGAGGGCAGCCGGGGCGCCCCGCUCCGAGGCAGUGAUCCCCCGAGGCGCGACACCCAGCUGCUCCGCAGCCAGAGCACCUUCCAGCUCUUCAGCGAGGCCGAGGAGGAGGCCCGGUGGCGGGACCCCAGGCCGGGCACCCCCGAGUCCCCACCCAGCCUGCAGCCCCGCAGGGAGGCCGCCCUCCUGCUGGAGCCCCCGCGUGGGGCCCGAGAUCGCAGCAGCUCCUUUGCCGGCGGCCGCCUCCUGGGAGAAAGGCGACGCGGGGACCCAGCCCAGAGGGAGCUGCUGGGUGGAGCUAACAGCGGCGGCGGGCCAAAUGGCAACCAGAAGAUGGACAGGCCCCCUGGGGAGCCCUCCUCGUGGCGGGCCGCGGCCGGGAGGGCCGGGAAGUCCAUGUCCGCUGAGGACCUGCUGGAGCGCUCGGAUUUCCUGGCGGUCCCUGUCCACGUGAGGUCACGGUCAUCUCCCAUCACCCACCAGAAGCCCCAGGAUGUGCUUUUGGGGGAAAACAAUAGCUCUGGUCUUGUGAAGGAUCCAUGUUACUUGGCUGGCCCUGGACACAGGUCACUCGGUUGUCCAGAAAGAGGCGAAGAAGAGAUGCUAGUGCUCAAACACCAGCCCAGCCCUCGAUGGGGUGGUUCAGGCUGCAGAGCCGCUGGUGCCUCCAUUCCCAGCGACUGUCCCAGACAGCUGGACCAUCAGAGGCAGGCCAGCAGGAUGCCCUGCCCCAGGCCACUACCCACAGGGCUGCAAGGGCAUCUCACAGACACCAGGGCAGGACCACUGACCCCACUCAGCUCCACUCUGCCUUCCCCUGCCCCCUCCAGCUACUGUCCACAGGCUGCCGGCGAUCAGCUGACUGGGAGGGACGGUCAGACGGGCCAGCAGCCUCUUCCGCCCUACACCCCAGCAGUGACUCACAGAAGCAACGGCCCCAGCCUGGCCCAGCCUACCCGUCCUAGAGGCCAUGAGCCCCACAGCCCGGAGCGCGGGGCAGAAGAGGGGAAGAGGAAGCAGCCUCCCCCACCUCGUGUGAAGUGGGCCCACACCGUCCGAGAGAACAGCCUCCCUGAGGAAUCGUGCUCACCCGAGUCAGCAAGCCUGAAGCACUACAAGAAGCAGCAGAACCUCCCAAGUUCAAGCAGCACUUCCGACCCAGACACGCCUCUUGGGGUCCCGAGCACUCCGGGGAGGAUCUCCCUCCGAAUAUCGGAGUCCGUCCUGCAGGCCUCCCCACUGCCUCGGGAGGACUACGAGGACGAGGUGUUUGUGAAGGACUUGCACCCCAAUGCCACUUCCCAGGAAAUCCUAGUGAAUAGCUGGGAAGACUUUCCUCCCCCUCCUCCCCAAGCUCUGUGUGAGGCACAGCUGGACAGCGAGGAUGGCAUGGAGCCCCCUGCGAGUAGCUCCAGCAAACCUGCCAACAGGACAGUUGCCAAGGAAGGGCCCGUGCCUGGGGCAGCCCAGUCGGUUGGCCAUCAGAUACCAGCUUCCAGACCCCAAACUUCCGUCAGAGGUUCCGAGGACCACGGGCCCAGCCCGCCCCCCACCGCGGGCGCCCGGCCCCAGCAUGCUGGGCCCCUCGGCUGGCAGCCAGGCCCAGGAAAGCAGCCUCCUGCUCUGACCCAAGGCCUCGUCCACGACCCACUCAGUGGUACUCGUGAUUUAGAAGACAAUGCCAGUCCCGGUCCUCAGAAGACGUCAGAAGACAUCAGAACGGAGGUGCUGGCCAAGGAAAUUGUCCACCAAGACAAAUCUCUGGCAGACAUUUUGGACCCCGACUCCAGGCUGAAGACCACCAUGGACCUGAUGGAGGGUUUGUUUCCUCGCGAUGGUAACUUGCUGCAGGAAAACGGCGUCAAGAGGAAGGCCAUGCAGAGAGCCGUCAGCUGCCCAGGACACGAAGGCAAGAGGAGUGAAGAGAAGGAAGCAGUGGGCAUGUUGGUCAACUGCCCUGCCUACUACAGCGUCUCGGCUCCCAAGGCUGAGCUUCUGAACAAAAUCAAACAUAUGCCAGAAGAGAUGAGUGAGGAAGAUGAGCAGGUGGAUGUCAAUGAAAAGAAGGCCGAGCUGAUUGGAAGCCUCACCCACAAGCUUGAGACUCUGCAGGAAGCCAAGGGGAGCCUGCUCAUGGACAUCAAGCUCAAUAACGCCUUGGGAGAAGAGGUGGAGGCUUUGAUCAGUGAGCUCUGCAAGCCCAACGAGUUUGACAAGUACAAGAUGUUCAUUGGGGACCUGGACAAGGUGGUCAGCCUGCUGCUCUCCCUCUCGGGGCGCCUGGCCCGUGUGGAGAACGCCCUUAGCGGUCUUGGUGAAGAUGCCAGUAAAGAAGAAAGGAGCUCUCUCAACGAGAAGAGGAAGGUCCUGGCGGGGCAGCACGAGGAUGCCCGGGAGCUCAAGGAGAACCUGGACCGGAGGGAGCGCGUGGUGCUGGACAUCCUGGGCAAUUACCUGUCGGAGGAACAACUCCAGGAUUACCAGCAUUUUGUGAAAAUGAAGUCAACACUCCUCAUUGAGCAGCGAAAGCUGGACGACAAGAUCAAACUGGGCCAGGAGCAGGUCAAGUGCCUGCUGGAGAGCCUCCCCGUGGAUUUCGUCCCCAAGGCGGGCACCCUGGCGCUGCCCCCGGACCUCACGAGUGAAAUGACUCCCGUGGGGGGAUGUAUUCCCAGUGGUGUUUCCCCAACGGUCACCUCUCCACUCUAACCUCUUCUGAAACGCCCAACCGAAAGAUCACCCUUUCUUUCAUCACUAUUUAAUCUGAAAAAUGUUGCAGUACAAACCACUGUUUAAACUCUAUGGGUUUGGGGGGCGUUUUCUGGAUAAAAGGAAAAGAUUCUAUCCAGGAAAAAGCCUGUAUUUUCCUUCUCACCCUUCAUGAUUGAUCUGAGAGCUUGAAUGCUGCUGGGAACCUAGCCCUUUCUAUUGUUACUUUGCAAUAGAAAGAAAAUUAAUGAAACUGUGAGAACUGAUGGGAGGGUGUUUGAUGAUUUAGUUUCCGACAGGCGUAGGCAGCAGGGAUCAGUGUGUGUCGCCCUCAGGAAUGUACCCACCGUGACCUGCCUUUGUGUGGGCCAUGCAUCCUGACGACAGGUACAAGGACUCAUUAGUGAGGGUCUGCAACAUAAAGCCUUAAAGAAAAACACACACAGCAGAAAAUUGUAAAGCCUUGAACAUUGUUAUUUAUAUUUUUAAAAAUGAAAAGGAUCAUUAUGUCUGUUUGCUAACCACUUAUUUGAUUCUGUUUUGUGGUGGACGUAGACAAUUAUGUUGUUGGAGCUUUGUAUUUUGUGAAAACCUUAAUGAAAUGAAGAAUUCCAAAGACAGUCCCAUGGAGUGUGGAGACUUGUUUUUUCUUAAA